GCACCAUUACCGCGAUAAAAACAACACACGAAGAAGAAGUCCUCAGUCAAGUUUCCGGGAGGUGCUUCGGGCCGAUCCCUGAUGGGUUAGAAUGCUCUCAUAACCGCGUUGUGUUGUUGUUGUCUCCGUCGCUCGCUGUGAGGACAGCGUGUCUCUGCGGUUCCUUCCCUGUCAUCCGGACAUCGCGCCCUCCUCCUCGUCCAGGCGGACUCAGCAGAAGGAUGGUGCUGUCAACAUCCCAACAAGUCGCUCUGGCGUUCACGGCGGUGCUCUUCAUGUUUGUCGUCCUGCCCAGGAUGCUCGGAGUCGGAACCGCGUCCAAAGAAGCCAAACUGGACCCGCGUUUCAACAGAAAAGGUCCAGGGCCCGGGUCUGCUAAAGCUCAUCCAAUUAACAUGAACCAUCCCGGCUCCCACCAGACUCCGGAGAGCAUCCAGCAGAUGAAGAAACGCAUGGAGCAAGAGCUCAAGAGUGACAAGUACAAAUACAACAACAAGGGCUACGUUUUCACGCUCAUGCCUCUGUAUGCCAUCGGAGUGGGAGUAUUUGCUGCCUACAAGUUCUUAAAGAUCCGAUCUUCAGAUGAUAAAGCGCAGAAAGAUAAACUCACAAAAGGUGCAAAAAAAUCGGUGGAGGCAGAGAACCAGCUAAACGAGUUGGAACAGAGGCUGGCUCAGACCGAGCGCAUGCUCAACUCCAUCCUCACACAGCUGGACCCACUCACCAACUGUGUGAAGUCUGUGGCUCAGGAGCAGAAGAACGAGAUCAUGUCUCAGCUCCAGACCAUCCGGUACCUGAUGAAGAAGAGAGGGAUGGACUGUCCGCCGCUGAGCGUCAACGAAGCUUCCUGUGGACAAAAUCUGGAUGAGCUGAUCGAGUCUCUGGGGGCCGGCGACGCGUCCGCAGACGUGGACUGUCCGCCGUCUGAGGGAGGAGUUGAAGAGAAGCAUUUGAGUGAUGCUGCAGCGGAAGAGGAGGAGAUUAGACCCAAUGAGGAGGAGGAAGACGGAGCAGAAGAGGAGCAGGAGGAGCAGGAGAUGCCGGAUGCUUCGGAGCACUUAGGCGAGACAGACAUUCAGGAGGCGGUCGCAGAGCAGCCUGUGAGCGGUUUAAGGCGGCGCAACAGACUGGAAUGAACUGCACGGCUGUAACGUUUCAUGACAGAAAACGAGUAGAAAUAUUAGAGAUAUUCAAUAUAUAAAAAAGCUGUUUGCAUAUUUAUUAGAAUCAUGUAUGACUGGCAGAAGGCAGAGGGCAGAGUCUUAAAAGUCCUUCAAAAUUCUCUCAUUCUUAUAUGAAAUCCCGAACAGGAGCAUCACUUUGUUUUUUAUUUUCUCCAUAAAAAUGACAAAUUCUAAAAGUCAAAUCCAAGUUUGAUUGACCUUCUUAAAGGCAGUGGAUCAAACUAUCCAAAAGUG